AUGAUUUUGCUCCACUUAUUCUUGGUGGCAAUUACUAUUUCUACUUCUUUUGCAAUUGAAGUGAACCCUAAAAUAUUUAUUAAUAAUGCUGAAUGCUUAGUAGACUUAAGCACCCAAUUAGUUAAAGGAGAAUGUCGUCUAUCUUUGGAAAAUAAUGAUGACAAACCUGUAAACUCUGUUUUGUAUGCAUUUGAACCUUCAAUUAAAAGUCACAUUUCAUAUAUUUCUGCUCAUCAAGUAUUUGAAUCUAAUCGCUUGAGUUUAAAUGUUAAACCAGUAACAUUAUCUGGCCAUGAAGAUAAGCAGUUUUAUCAAAUCGAUUUUAAUGCAUCUCGGCCAUUGCGAUCAAAAGGUCGAGCACCACUUGUGGUUGAAUAUGUUUUGAUUAAUGCUUUGUAUCCACAUCCUGAAGAAAUAACUCAAAAAGAUAGACAGUUGAUGAUGUUUUAUGGAAAUGCUUAUUUGUAUUCACCAUACAAAAGUCUUAAAUCUUCUGUUAAAUUCCAAACUGGAACAAGACGAGUAGAAGAUUACACCAAUAUCAAUCCAGUAUCAUUUUUGAGCUCUGGAGAUGUUGUUUAUGGGCCCUUUGGUUCAUUAGAACCAUUUGCAUAUUCUCAAAUCAGUAUACAUUAUGAUAAUAACACUCCAUUUUUAAAAGCUACAAAAUUAACAAGAUCUAUAGAAUUAUCCCAUUGGGGAAAUGUUGCUGUUACUGAUGUCAUUGACCUUGUUCAUCAUGGUGCUAAAUUAAAAGGUUCAUUUUCUCGUUAUGAUUACCAACGUGAAACUAACAGUGGAAUAUCUAGUGUAAAAUCAUUCAAAAUGUAUCUUCCAGCUUCAGCAACUAGUGUUUAUUAUAGAGAUGUCAUUGGUAACAUAUCUACAUCAAAUCAAAGAACACUUUUAGACUCUGUUGAGUUGGAUAUUCGUCCAAGAUUCCCUCUAUUUGGUGGUUGGAAAACUCAUUAUACAAUUGGUUAUAAUGUACCAGCUUACGAAUAUCUAUACAACAACGGUGAAGAUUAUUUUUUGAAGAUGCGUCUAAUUGAUCAUUUAUAUGAUAAUAUGAUAAUCGAAGAUGUAACUGUACGCAUUAUUCUUCCUGAAGGAUCAGUAGACUUAGAUCUAAAAACAACCCAUCCAAUUGUACGUUUACCAGAUGGCUUACACUAUACAUACUUAGAUACCAUAGGCAGACCAAUUAUAAAAUUACAAAUGUCAAAUGUUGUAGAAAGUCACAUUAGUGAUUUUGAACUAAAAUACAAAUUCCCAAAGGCCUUUAUGUUCCAUGAACCAUUGAUUGUAAUUGUUGCUAUUUACAUUUUGUUUUUGACUGUAAUUAUUUGGGUUCGUUUGGACUUUUCAAUAGCCAAGGAUGGACAUAGUGAAACGCGCCAACGUAUAUCUGGAAUAACAAGUGCAAUUAUACAUCAUUUUGAACGUAGGGCUUCCAUUUAUAGCUCUUGGGAUGAGGCUUUGAAUAAAUUGAAACAUUCCAAGGACAUUGGUACAUAUAAUACAGCAUCAAAACAAAUUCAGGCUGAUUAUAAAAAUGAAUCGACUAGCAUCAAUGAAUUAGCUACAAAGUUAAAAACCGAAUCAACAGAACUAUCAGAUAAAUUGAAUGAGGUACAAAAGGCAGAAAAAAAUUUAAAAGAACUUUUUGGACAAACACAAUCCUUAUACACUGAUAAACUUAUAACGGGUAAGGUUGGAAGAAAUCAGUUUGUUGAAUUGGAUAGCGGUCUCAAAAGGAAAAAAGACGAAUGCCAAGAAAAAGUCAAUCAAUUGUUAAAAUCAUUGAAUUAG